GAAAACAGUUACAAACUGAAACAGGAAGUGUUUCUGGACCCGUGUUGUUUACAUCUUGUGAAAUGGUCUAUAUAUAGAUUAACUUAAAUUACUAACUUUUUUACAGCAAAAAUAAACCAUCACUACUUAAGCUGGACAGUGACGCUAUUUUCUUUUAUAAACAAACUUUGUUUUAUUAUUUCCCUGUUAUCACUGUAAAGCUGCUCUGAAACACUCUGUAAAAAUAAAGGUGACUUGAAUUAAUAACAGUAAUUUAUGCAUAAUGACAUGGAACUAACCCUCAACCGAAUCCUAACCCUACCCUGAUCUUAUAGUAAGUAGCCUACAUGUAGUUGCUUAAUAUUACUCAGUACUUAAAUAUAUAAUUACACUGUAAAAAUUACACCUUAAAAUAAAGUGCAACCAGCACUUACAUACAUAAGAAUAGCUCUAUUCCCACAAUUAAUAUACUGUGUAAUUAAUAUUGUUUGUGUUUGGAGUGAUUUGCUUUAUAAUAAGUUACUGGUCGUCAUUGUUUUCUAAAUAAAUAUUGUUAAAAUGUCUACAUUCAGGAUUGUUAAACUAUAUUUAUUUUCCCGUUUUGUAUUUUCUUUCUGGGAACCGUUUAUUAAACAUCGACUCACUUUCCACUGGUCUGGUUAGUAAUGUGUCCAUUGAAAGAGAAAACCAUUCAAAAUAGUGCACACAGUUAAAUUGGUACAAUUACUACAAAUAAGAAGAAAAAUAUUGAAAUGAAGAGACCGGCGCGCUCACGCAAAGCGGACGCGCGCCCUGAUAUGUUGCAGGUUUCCAUGGUUACCGAGUCCUCCAUUCAUCACUACUGAGUUUUUCCGGUUGCUGUAGUUUGGAAAGACCCACAAGAGAUUAACGUUAACACAGCUUGUUGUCAGUUACUUGAAGUUAACAAUCUAUAAUGGAUAUGGGCAGCAAACUCGAAGAACUGAAUUUGACACGCGAUGAAAUGAAUAGAUUCGGUAAAGCGCUAAAAGACGAGAAGUUCCGCGAGUUACUGCUGGAAUACGCGGCUGAGAUCUCGGACCCGGAGAACCGGAGGAGAUAUGAGGAGGAGAUCACUCAGAUGGAGGAGGAAAGGGGCAAUAGCGUGCAGUUUAUUCACCCCGAGGCGAAUCACGUGCUCAAAACACGCAGCGCGCGCGGGAAAUGCUUCAUCAACAUCUGCUCUAAUCCGCGCAUCGGUAAACCGUCGUGUGAAGCAGCUCGAGACCGAGACGGGGAACCGGGUCAGAACUGGCGCUUGCCGUUCAGUCUGACACCGGGCCGAGCCGACCGGGACGCCGCGGGGAACGGCUGUGAGGUUUACGACAUUGUUUUCCAUCCAGACGCGCUUCACAUGGCGGCAAAAAACGCGAGAUUCAUGAAACUCAUCCACAGUACCGCCAUCGGAGGCAUCGAAGACUCUUUCCACAUCAAGAUGGACAGAGAGCAAGUAAAGCAGCUGAAGAUGAAGUAUAAAGGUGUUGCACAUCCAGCUGUGAUCCGCAGGCCGAUCCCCGGACACCACCAGACGAACCGAAGCUCCGGUGAGGACGUGCUGUCGUUUCCAUAUCCAGAUGAGAAUCAAACAGCACCAGAAAAAGAACCCGAAGCGAGCCAAAGUCCUUGUAAUCCUGAUGACAUCAGAUCCAAACAGCCCAUCAAACCACAUUACACCGUAAAAUACCGUUCAGUCGUGGAUUUGCAGGAUUACAGGUGCUCCCGAGACUCGGGGCCCGGGGCCCGACCCAGAGAGAUCGUGGUCAUCAUCGAUGUGCCGCUGCUGGGAUCAGCACUGGAGGCUGAGGUGUGUGUGACGGAGCGACGCCUCAUCCUGGAGGCUCCAGAACCAGCGUACCGACUGGACCUUCCGCUCGCCUAUCCGGUGGAUGAAGAGAAAGGAGACGCAAAAUUCAACAAAACUAAGAAACAGUUGACAAUCACUCUUCCCGUCCGGCCAGCGAAAACCCUGGAGUUACGGGUGAGCUGCGAUGAGGCGAAGAGUGACGUCAACGAGGAAGCAGAUCAGAACACAAAAGAGGACGGUCUUCAUCCGGAUCACACAGAAGGUCUCGCUCCGGAUCACAUAGGAGGAGGUCUUGAUCCGGAUCACACAGAAGGUCUCGCUCCGGACCACAUAGGAGGAUGUCUUGAUUUGGAUCACAUAGGAGCAGGUCUUGAUCCGGAUCACACAGAAGUUCUUGCUUCGGAUCACAUAGGGGGAGGUCUUGAUCCCGAUCACACUGAAGGUCAUUAUUCGGAUCACAUAGAAGGAGGUCUUGAUCCGGAUCACAAAGGAGGAGGUCUUGAUCCGGAUCACACAGGUCUUGCUUCGGAUCAUAUAGGAGGAGGUCUUCAUCCGGAUCACACUGAAGGUCUUGAUCCGGAUCACACAGAAGUUCUUGAUUCAGAUCACAUAGGAGGAGGUCUUGAUCCCGAUCACACUGAAGGUCUUGAUCCGGAUCACACAGAAGUUCUUGAUUCAGAUCACAUAGGAGGAGGUCUUGAUCCGGAUCACACAGAAGGUCUCGCUCCGGACCACAUAGAAGGAGGUCUUGAUCCGGAUCACACAGGUCUUGCUUCGGAUCAUGUAGUAGGAGGUCUUGAUCUGGAUCACACUGAAGGUCUUGCUCCGGAUCACACAGGAGGAGGUCUUGAUCCGGAUCACACAGGUCUUGCUUCGGAUCAUAUAGGAGGAGGUCUUGAUCCGGAUCACACUGGAGGUCUUGAUCCGUAUCACACAGGAGGAGGUCUUGAUCCGGAUCACACAGGAGGAGGUCUUGCUCCGGAUCACACAGGAGGAGGUCUUGAUCCGGAUCACACAGGAGGAGGUCUUGAUCCGGAUCACACAGGUCUUUCUUCGGAUCAUAUAGGAGGAGGUCUUGAUCCGGAUCACACUGGAGGUCUUGAUCCGGAUCACACAGGAGGAGGUCUUGAUCCGGAUCACAUUGAAGGUCUUGCUCUGGAUCACACAGAAUCAGAGCGGAGUCAGCCGUCAUGUGAUACGGAAUUUGAGCCUCAAUUCACCGAUUUAACGAGAGAUCGACAGACACACGUGAUGAGCAACCAUUUAAUCAUCAACCCAACAGAGAACCGGACAGAACCGGAUCGUUCUGUAGAAGAUGAAACCAACACUAAUCGAGCAGUCGAAUCUUUAUCUGAGACAGGGUUCGUCAGGGAAUCUCACCGUCUCCACAGUAGAGAUGAAGAGGCAGAAAACACGUCACUUCAGACCAAUGACAACACACUGAUCCAUCAGCCAACCAGCAGCUCCGUGACGGAGCAGGAGGAUCCCAACUCAACCCGGGAAGCUGAAGGUCCAGAGUCGAAGCGUUCUUCAGGAGACUGCGGGAGCGACGGGGAUGCUGGGAUACGGUCGGAGGACCCAGUGCUGAGAGAGACCAGUCACGUGACCUCGGCCACCUUGCGUUUCCAGAACACACUGCGCUUUGAUUUGGACUAAGCAGCAAAUUUAUAUUCUUGGACAGUUAUUUAAUUAGUUCAAAUAAACUGUGAAUAAAGUUUAGUGUUUAAAUCUGGAAUAAAAGAAAAAAUAUAUUUUUGUAAAUCAACAAAUAUGCUCAAACUUUAAACAGAUUGAGCUUGAGAUUGGAAAAAGAAUAGAAAUAAAUCUUGAUAAAAAUAAAA